UUUCCAUGGCAAAUUGUGUGGUUGGUUGGUUUAUGCGAUGUGUCAUCUAGCUACGGAACAAUUUGGAAUGCGAAGUUGUCAACAAAACGAAAAAAACAGCAACAGCAGCAAAGCAACAACAAAUCAAGUAAUUUAUUUCAGGAAGAUCGAAAAAGUACUGGCAUCGCACUCAGCAACCGGCUGUUUAAAAAAAUAGAAAAAUCUAAAAAUUUUCAGUAAAAUAGUUAAAUAAAAAACUGUCUAAAUAUGCUACAAUGCGAGGAACUGAAGGACGAAGAAGGUCCCUCGAAUACGCUGGAACAGUUCACGGAAUUGGAGCAAAUACUGGGUAUGAUCGAUACAAUGAAGGCCUGUGAUGCGCCAGGCUUCGAAAGGGAUUACCAGCAGUAUACGGAAUUAUUGUCAAGAUACCAGGAGCAGCCACAUUUGCUGGAUCCUCAAUUGGAUGUGUUAUUGCAGCGACUGUUGGCAAUAGUACGCAAUAAGGUUUUGCCGGAAGGUUUAAUUCAUUCCGCAUUCAAGUAUAUGUACAUUAUUAGUAAAGUGCGCACUUAUAAAGUGCUGGUGAAAUUUUUACCGCACGAAUUGAGUGACUUGGAAUUCGCCUUGGAAAUGCUCGAGCGACAAAAUCCUAAGGAAUGCAAUCAUUGGGAAACGCGCUAUAUGUUAUUGCUAUGGAUGUCAAUAUUGGUAUUGAAUCCAUUCCACAUGUCGCGUUUGGAUGCAUACACCAUAACCAGCAAUGAGUCAGCCCCAGCUAAUAACUGUGUUGACUCUGCAAAAUUGAUGAAUCCAACGCAGAACAAAUCCAAAAUGGAACGCAUUUUUGACCUCUGUAGAUUGUACACAUCCACGAGUGAUACAUGUAGUGAUAUUGCUGCAUAUUUGGCAGCGAAAUAUUUAGUGCGAGCCGACAUUAAAGAGGUCUACUUAGAGCGUUAUUUGGAUUGGGUGAUAAGCCAGCAUCAGUUAGAAACUUCUGAUGCUAAAUUCGGCGAAUUAGCUGCAAUCUCAGCAAUUUUAAAACACGGAAAACGUGAAGAUUUGAUACCUUAUGUGGACAAGCUGCUGAAGUGGGUAGUUGGCCUACAGUAUAAGGAUAGCAAUGACUUUCUCAAAUAUAAGAGCUACAUAAAGAUUGUGCAACGCAUUGGGUUGGUAUAUUUAAAACCAAGAUUGGCAGGUUGGCGGUAUAAGCGGGGAACACGUUCGCUGGCAAUGAACUUGAAUAAAACUAAUAGCGCAGCUACGGAUGAAAGAGCAAGCGGAAAUGAUCAAGAUCCUGAGGGUGAAGGCGGCGAUGGAGAAGAAAUAGUUGUGCCUGAUGCCAUCGAGGAAGUUAUUGAAGAAUUACUGCAAGCAUUGCGUAGCGGGGGCAGUGAUAUACGCUGGAGCGCUGCUAAAGGCGUAGGACGCGUCACCAAUCGUCUAUCCAAAGAGCUUGCAGAUGAAGUAAUUGGCUCGGUCAUAGACAUACUGAACCCAUUAGAACCACAUGAGGCUUGGCAUGGUGCUUGUUUAGCGUUGGCUGAGUUGGCAAAGCGAGGACUACUUUUACCACACCGUUUGCGCACGUUGGUGCCCCUGUUGAUGCAAGCCCUAUUCUAUGACGAAAUGAAGGGCUAUAUGUCAGUUGGACAGCAUAUUCGUGAUUCCGCUUGUUAUAUGUGCUGGGCAUUUGCACGCGCUUACAAUCCGGCGGAUUUUCAACCAUUUGUCGAACAAAUAUCUUCGGGACUGCUGACGGUGGCUGUUUUUGAUCGUGAAAUAAAUUGUCGACGUGCCGCAGCUGCUGCCUUCCAAGAAAGUGUCGGUCGACUUGGAAAUUUUCCACAUGGAAUAGAAAUUUGCACAGCUACCGAUUUCUUUUCAGUAGGUAUGCGACAAAAUUCUUACUUGAAAGUCUCGGAUUUCAUCGCACAAUUUGAGGAGUACCAAAAACCCUUAAUCGAUCAUUUGGUUGAGAAAAAAGUAAAUCACUGGGACACUACAAUACGAGAAUUGGCAGCGAAGGCUUUGCAUAAUCUGACAUUUCGUGCGCCUGAAUACAUGUCUGCUGUAGUGCUAGGCCAACUUUUUGGAAAGACAGAAUCUAUUGACAUCAAUAUGCGACAUGGGACUGUUAUGGCCAUUGGUGAAAUAACGUUGGCGUUGAGCGAGAUUGAGCAAAAAGAAGAGGGGAUCGCAAGCAAAAAAUUGCUCACGAAUCAAUUGUUGUCCGAGCUCAAUGAAUUGUUGCCAACCUAUGUGCUGCGUGACUCGUUUCGCGGAAUGAGUGGUGAAAUAAUGAAGCACUGUUGCACAGAUUUCAUUAAGAAUUGCAGUAUGGCACGCAUAGAAACAUCAAAAAUGUGCCUGGAAUGCUGGCAGUAUAUUGUGGACAAAUGUUUGCUAAAUAAAGCUUUGGCAAUACGCGAGGGCGCAACUGAUGCCUUUGCGGAGCUUUGUAGAUCCUACUAUAAAGGCGAUGAGCAUGCUGCUACUAAUGCUGAAAUUAUUCAUGGCUAUCUAAAAGGUGCCAACAAUCACUUAGAAGAAUACAUACGAAUGGGUUAUAUAAGCGCUUUGGGCGCAUUGCCUGAUUUUAUGAUAGCUCCACAUUUAGACGAUAUACUUGAGAGUCUGAUAAAACAUUCGCUCACACCAACACAAGCGGUUAUUACAACUGGUGAGAUGUUGAAUCAACAUGAGAAUCUUGUAACGGGUACGUGGAGUGAGUCAAGACGUGAUAGUGUCAAGGCUCUCAGCCAUGUCGUCCACACAUUGGGCUUCGAUAAAAAUACUGAAGUCUCCUUUGGCAAUCCAAAGUACUUUAACAAAGUUGUGGAUUGCUUUCUGCAGUCCUUGGAUGAAUAUACAUUAGAUAACCGUGGUGACAUUGGCGCUUGGGUGCGCGAGGCGGCAAUGAAUGCGCUCUUCCAAUUAAUCACGACUUGCCCAAAGGAAUUACUACAGCCCGAGCAGGUUCACAAAAUUAUACUUGGCUUCAUGCAACAGGCUGUUGAGAAAAUAGAUCGCACACGUGGCCUGGCCGGGCGUCUGUUUUGCCAGAUAAUAACCACCACGCCACAUAUACCACAUAUUCGCCAUCAUGCGCGUUUACUAGAGGUAUUCCCUGCGGAUUUCAAUAGUGUAUUGUGGCUAUUCGCCGACCAGACAUUCCCGCUGUUCUGUUCCUUGCUCGAAUUGCCCGACUAUUCGCAGAGAUUGUUGCUCGGGUUGAGCGCAAGCAUUGGACAGUUGACUGAAAGUUUGAUAAAACAUUCCUCGGCAGCAUUAUUUGAAUUCCUACGCACACAUCCAGCAGAAGUACCACGUUUAUGUAAGGAGGUAGUCGCCAAUUUCCAAGAUAAUGUCAUGAAUGAGCGAGUUACGUACCCGAUGUUGAAUUUUUUGGAGAUAUUAAUUAGCUCAGGCUCUAUAAACGUGGUAUUAUUAGAUGAAGAAAACACCUUUGGAGAAGACAUCUAUCGAUUGCUGAAUCUCGAAACCAAAGGACACAAAAAACUGUACAAGUUAAUAUCGAGCAUAAGUGUCUAUUGUCAGUUGGUCCAGGUGCCAUAUCUUUGCAAACGCAUACUAUCCAAAAUGGCAAUAUUCCUCGGGCUCACUCAUGUUCAUGUGCGCAAAACAAGUGCCACCAAAUUUUAUGAAGCGCUUGCAUUGCACGGUGACGCUUGCGACAUUCCAGAAGAGAAUAUGGAUGAGAUUUUGAAUCUAUUGUCCGAGACAGAUUGGGGUUUGCCUCUGAUUGCAGUGCGUCCCAUACGUAAUCAGCUAUGCGAACUGAUGGGUAUUAAACCGCCAGUAAGUGGUGCUGCUGUCGCAAACUCCGACACAGCUGGUGUAGCUGAAGUGGGUGCAGGUGUGAGUGCUGCGGUACGCAUUCCAAAGUAAAUUAGUGUAUAGGAAAAAUGAGCUCAUUUCUGGAAUUCUGGAAUGAUGCAUGAUUUUAAUUGCAAAAACUUUUUUUGCAAAGUAUUUUGACAUUAUUUUAAUAUAAUCAACGUUGUUUAAUGGACUGCGCGAUAUGCUAUGCAAUAAUGAAUGUAACAGAUUACUGAUUUGAAUGCUUUGCGUCGGAAUAAUUAGGUGUUGCCGCUAAUUUUUGGCAGAUUACUCAAACACACAAUUUACAUCCAUACGUUAAUAAAUAUGAUUAAACGAGA